CCUCAACUAGAUAUGUCUCAUCCCCGGUUCGAGUGUAGCAUGGCUCCGCCCGCAUAUUGCUCCCAGCUCAGAAGUGAUUUGGUUCUGGUUAAACCAGCCUAGUGCGAGACGGCGGGUAAAACGGAGUUCAACUUCUUCUUGGCCACCACCCCCGCUGUCGACCUGACACGCCAGACGAGACCUGCCAACCAGGAGUAAGGACACGACAAGGUUUUAGAGAAAGAAUUAUGGCUGCACGUUGGGUUGUACCGGUGGCGGUGGCACUUCUUGCCCUGGCUGUUGGCCUCUACCUCAUACCGUCUCCCAUCGAUCCGGAACCAUACAUAUUUCAGGGGCCCCCGCCCCUGUUGGAGGGGCCCUUGGCUGUCAACACCCGACUGCAGAGGGGCCGCCGGCUCUUCGCUGGACAACUGAGGGGGCCAGAGUCCUUUACGGCUGAUCAAGAUGGGAAUAUUUACACUGGGACAGUGGAUGGAAAACUGUGGAGGAUUUAUCAGGACACGCUGACAUUCAUCACACAGAUGGGACAGGACAUCCCUGAAUGUGGCAGCAGUAUGGACUACGAGCCGGUGUGUGGCCGUCCCCACGGCGUGCGAUUGGACAGCAGUGGUCAGCUGAUCGUGGCAGACUCCUACUUUGGCUUGUUCAGGGUGGACCCCCAGAGCGGAGAGAAAACACUGCUACUGUCCAGCAAGCAAGGCUGUGAUGGAAUCCCGUUUGGGUUCCUGAAUGGUCUAGAACUCUCUCGGAACGGAACCAUCUUCUUCACAGACUCUAGCAGUAGGUGGGGAAGAAGGCAUGUCCGGUAUGAGGUGAUCGAGACGAACCACCUGGGCCGCCUCCUGGCGUACGAGCCCCAGACGGGUCAGGUCCGGACUCUGCUGGACUCUCUGUACAUGCCCAAUGGCAUCGCCCUCUCCCCAGAGGAGGACUUCAUCAUGAUGUCUGAGACCAGCAUCGGACGCAUUGUCAGGUACUGGUUAAAGGGACCACAGGCCGGCACCAAGGAGAUCCUCAUGAACAACAUGCCUGGUUACCCUGACAACAUCCGCCUCAGUGACCGGGGCACGUUCCUUGUGGGCAUCACCACCACCCGUUUCCGUGGGCGAAUCAUGCCCCCUUUCCUGGACCUCAUAGGGCCGUACCCUGCUGUCAAGCGCUUCAUCACCAAGCUGAUUCCUUUUAGCUGGUAUAACAUGCUGCUGCCCAAAUACGGCCUGGUUCUGGAGCUGGGUCCAGACGGAGAGGUUCUGGACAGCCUUCACGACCCGAACGGGACCCUCACCUGGGCCGUCAGCGAUGUGUUCCAGCACGGAGGGCAGUACUACCUGGGCAGCACCGACCUGCCAUUCCUACCUGUGCUGGAGCACUGGAGCUAGGGGCAGUACAGGAGACUGGAUGGAUGCCAGUGAUCAAGGUGGACUGAUGUUGGAGGUUGUGUGUGUGUGUGUUUGUGGGUGUGUUUGUGAGUGCGUCCGUGUGUGUGUGUGUUUGUCCG